AUGGUCUUCACACCUCCAAAAUGGUUAUCGCCCCUCCCGAAUCCGCCAGAUAACAUCCCACUUUCCGAGUUCAUGCUCAAUGAGAAGUAUGGCCGCCAUCCGUUGGAAGACUCGUAUGACCCCUUCGUUUGCGCUCUUAGCGGAAAGUCUUACUCCACCGUGGAAGUUGCAAAACGCGUUGAUGUCCUCGCGCGGUCUUUGUGCAAGGAACUAGGCUGGCAUCCAAAUGAGGGAUUAGAAUUCAGCCGCGUAGCCUGUAUCUACAGCGUGAACACGAUCGACUACUUGACUCUUUGUUGGGCCAUCCAUCGUUGUUCUGGUGUUGUCUCUGCUGCGAGCGCGAGCUAUACGGCUCCUGAACUCACGCAUCAACUGAAGGAUAGCGGAUCGAAAUCCAUUUUCGCAUGCGCCGUAAAUCUUCAAAUUGCCCUAGAAGCUGCAGCCAAUGCUGGCAUACCAAGAAGCCGCGUUUAUCUUUUUGAUCUACCGCCUCAACUUCCAGGUGGCGGGAAAGCACCAGACGGUUUUAAAACGGUGGAGCAGCUCAUUAUGGAAGGCUCCUCGUUACCGCAGCUGGAGAAGCUUAAUUGGCAGCCAGGACAAGCCGCAAAACAAGCCGCGUUCCUUUGCUACUCCUCGGGAACCUCUGGGCCGCCGAAAGGGGUGAUGGUCACUCAUAGAAAUGUGAUCGCCCAUGUAUUGCAAAUGAAGGAGUUUGAGGCGAGGGUUCGCAACAGCUUGAAAGCCCCUGGGUCCCGAUCGGACUACAAAGAUGUGGUUCUGGGCCUACUGCCCCAAAGUCAUGUGUAUUCGUUGGCGGUGAUUUGCCAUGCUGGGCCUUAUCGUGGCGACAAAGUGGUCGUCCUCCCCAAAUUUGAAUUUACGCAAUACCUCAAUGCUAUCGAAAAGUAUCGAAUCUUGACCCUUUACGUGGUUCCUCCGAUCAUUAUCCUCAUGUUGCAAAAUAAAGUGCAAUGUGACAAGCGUGACCUCAAUUGUGUUUCUUCCAUUUGCACCGGAGCUGCGCCACUCGGUGCUGAAACCAUAGCAGAUGUGAAACAAUGGAAGCCUUCCUGGGUGGUUCGACAGGGUUAUGGGCUUACUGAAAUUACUGCGGGAGUAGCCAUCUGCAACAGCGAUGACAUUUUCCCUGGUUCUUGUGGACCCUUACUUCCAGACGUUGAAGUACGCCUCGUAUCUCCCGACGGCGAGGAGGUAACCGGCUACGACCAGCCCGGCGAACUCGUCGUCCGUUCUCCAUCUGUCACGCUUGGAUACCUGAACAAUGAGAAGGCGACCAAAGAAACAUUCCGAGACGGCUGGAUAUAUACGGGCGAUGUAGCCCUUUUCCGCGUCUCACCCCUUGGUAAUGAGCACGUGUUUAUCGUCGACCGGGUAAAGGAACUUAUUAAAGUGAAGCGACUUGGUUGGGCUCUUGUGGGCCGGGAACGAUAUUUAGUGGAAUGUAAUCACUUUCGAACUAUAAGUAAACCAGGAAAUCUUAUCCGGACUUUGAGAGAUAACGUAUUCACCUCGCGCUCUAAGUCAUGUGAUAUAAGCUUUAUAUCACAUGACUUAGUGCACAAGUUCGUGGUGAAAUACGGUGCAGAAGUGAAAUUACCAUAUCUCCGCAAGAAGGCGGAAUCAGUUUUUGACUGGGUCAUUCACAGAAGACCCGUUGAACCCAAGAAGAACUUGAAUUUAAACAAACGGGGUGAGACUAAACAACGAUGA